AUGAGGGGGGUCUAUAAUUAUGACAACCCCUAUAUAUCCAGUAGUCGUCUUCAAGCUGCACGUCGUUCUCGAAAAGAAGUUCGUUUUUUGGAACGUAUUGAUGCAAUUGUCGCUAUUGCUUCAGCUCCACCACGUUAUCCACCUUUAGCACGGCGUCAUUCAUUUCAUGAAGCAUUUUUUUAUGAACGACAUCAUCCACAUAUAAUUAAGCAACGUUAUCGUGAACGUCGACCAAGUAUUGAACGUGAUAAACAAAAUUUUGAUCCGAUUAUUAAAACAAAAUAUAAAUAUGAUCAGACACGUGUUAAAUCAGCUGGAAAACGUAUAUUAAAUGAAUUUGAAUGGACACGUGAUUUAUGGUAUAGUUGGCUUGAUGAAUAUAUUGCUGAAUUCGAUAGACUAACAAAAAUAAAUGAAGAUGAAGAUGAGGAGGAUGCGACGAAAAAAGUCACUGCUGUUUCAUUAGAACCAAUUACAAAUCUUCAAUUAGCUGAUAGUGAAGAACAUCGUUUGAUUGAGGAGGAAAUUCAUCGUCUUACAGCAUUAAUUAAUCGAGAUCAACGAGAUGUGUUUAGUUUAACACGAUGCGGAGCUUUAUUGCGUAAACUUGACUUAUUUCAUGAUGCUCUUGAUGAUCUUUCAUUAGCUAUUUAUAUCGAGCCAUCAUUUAUGGAUGCUUAUUGGCAACGUGCACUUAUUUAUAUGAUUUUUGAACAUUAUGAUGAAGCAUUAGAUUCUUUAAAUAUGUCUUUAAAAUUUAAUAAAACACAUGCUGGUGCUUAUAAAUUACGUGGUGAUGUAUAUGCCAUUAAAAAUGAUUUAGCUUUAGCUAUUGCUAAUUAUUCUCAAGCUAUUCGUUAUAAUUCAACAGAUCAUGAAACUUAUUUUCAACGAGCAUAA